GUUGGCAACGCAUACGCGGGGGGGGCAAGAGAUGAAGGCGAUGGUCCUGAACGUGUUUGACGCUGUCGUAGGGAGGGAGUCGUUGACCGAGGAGCAAGUGGUGGACAUGGCGACGAAGAUUGGAGCAUCGACGCUGUUUUGCAUGGCAAAUGCUACCGGAGGGGCUAAGCAUGCCAACAAAUCCGCAGGCCCGACGAAAUGGCUCCAAGAUCACAGCUCCAACGCCGUCGCCGACGAGCCGUUCUACACCGCGUGUGCCCACGGCGUGGACCUGCCUGUGUCAAUACAUCAAGGGGUGAGGCAACGGGACUUGGAGGGUGGGGCACAUGGGGUGAUCAACUACUUCGUAAGCGAGUUGGACUCGAGGUGGCGUAUGGAAGCGGAUCUGCUCCUGGUGUGCUACGACCGUGCGCAACUUGUCCCGGCAAUCAAAGGGCGCGAGCAGUCGGGAAGGACGGACAAGAUUGGGGGGUGCACUCUCUCUUUCGACCCGACAUCGAUGGACCCAAUACCCCAGUCGCAGUACCAAUCAUGGCUUCGUGACAACCAGAAGGCAGCUCGAGAUGGUUUCGCCGCGCACCUCGCCAUGGAUAUACUAGACGACAAGAGGUGGACCGGAGACUGCACGCCCAGAGGAAUUGUGGCAUUUUACAGUGUCGGGGGCGAGGCUGGGUUGAAAACACCUCAUGCCGCUGACCCCGCGGUCAGCUCCGGGGGGGGCGUACCGGGAGGACCGUCCACAUCACCAGAGGUACCGGUGCCGGUCGAUGGCGUCGAAAGUAGCACCAUCCACUCUGGUGGGGACGGGACCGAGGNUUCGGUACAACGAGAACGUGGCCCAAAAAUCGGCGAGGCCGAGCUGCCUCUCGUCCACUUCAUCGUGUGGGCCAAGAAGUAUUGGGGGCUGAAUUUCGAAAACUGGCUGGUUACUUCGGUGGACACAGACCACUGGAUGAUCAUGUUGCUGGCGAUGAAUACGGGGUUCCUCAAGGCCAGUGGAAAGGGAGCGGUCGAAGUGACCGUGCAGAAGGUUGUGGGUGGUGCCCCGAAGUACAUUUGGGUAAACAGGGUGUUCGCCGCCAUCAGUGGCCUCAGGGACGGCAACGAAUCUGCGUGGCCCACGACUGACUCCGGUUUCCAGGGUUGGAUUCCCGACGACGACGAGAAGGCUCUUGCUCUGAAGAGCGUGCGGACGGAGGGUGGUGUAUGGGGCGUCAAGAUCGACGAGUGCAUCAAGUUGUUGGCGACCAUUUUCUACUUAAAGCAUGCAGCUGCCUUUGCUCGUGGUGGCCAGGAGCCCGGCUGGAUUCUUCGCAUGGUCAACGACGAUGUCGCGCAUUACGUCGAAGUCAUCCGGUUGCUUAUCCUCAGGCGUGGUUCAAAUAGGGCUACAGCAACGUGCCCUGCGUUCGAGUCCAUGCGCCAGCAGAGCGAGCGAGGCCAUCAGGUGCUUGGGUACUGGCAGGAUGGCUGUUUGGAGGUGGUGCCAGUACGAGACUUCAACGGGCUACCUGCUUCCGUGAUUCGAGCGUCGGAACAGCAGGCUCGGAUCGCUGCUGCUUCAUCCAGCGUUCCUGCUGCGUCCACUGUCCCUGCCACCCCUUCCGUUCCUGGUGCAUCUUCCGUUCCUGCUGCCCCUGCCUUUCCUGCAACAUCUGCCAUCGUAGCCGGAGCCCUGCGUUCGCUUUUGGCGGCAAGAGCCGCUAGUCAGCAGGCAGCCGCACAGGCAGCCGCUACUCAGCAGGCAGCCGCACGGGCAGCCGCUAGUCAGCAGGCAGCCGAACAGGCAGCCGCUUGUCAGCAGGCUAGNGCUACUCAGCAGGCAGCCGCACGGGCAGCCGCUAGUCAGCAGGCAGCCGAACAGGCAGCCGCUUGUCAGCAGGCUAGUUAG